AUGGCGUCAAUAUGCACUUGGUCUCUUACGACUCACCUUUUGUCACUCGAUGAACCACAAUACAAGGCUGCGACACAACACCGCUUCCUGAAGGCUGCAGGAGAGGGGCGCGUCCCCACCGACACCUUGGGCAAGUGGUUAGCCAACGACAGGCUCUACAUCCACGCCUAUAUCAAGGCAGUAGGGAGGAUCCUCGCCCUCGUCGACCUGCCGCAGACAACAACCCCUCUUGGGGCACAUGGCGAGGCGGCUGCCCCCGAAACGCAGCUCAUUGACUGGCUGAUUGAGUCACUUGCAGGUCUCCGCCGCGAGGAGCGCUUCUUUGUCGAGAUGGCUCGGAAGUAUGGCAUCACCAUCGACCUCGAGACGGAGACCGUGACGAGGGUGGCCGGUCGGGAUAUACAGCAGGUGGUCCCAGACGGCGCAAAGUUGCCUGGUCUCGUGCUGUUUGAAGGACUGUUCAGCUCCGUAGGCCUGCCACCCCCUGUCCUUUCGUGGCUGGAGGCUGCAGUGGUGUUUUGGGGCACCGAGAAGGUCUACUCGGAGGCGUGGGGGUGGGCGAGAUCCCACCAGCAAGAAAUGAACGACAAUGUAGCAGCAGCAGCAGCAGCGUCGUCGUCGUCCCUCCAGGACGCAGAUGGAGGGGCGCUGCGGACUGAAUUCAUACCCAACUGGGCCAACCAAGGGUUCGUAAACUUUGUGCAGCAGCUGGCCGGCAUCAUCGACUCUGCCGUCUCAAAAGCUGUCGACGUUCUAGGGGAUGAUGUGAAGACUUCGCUGGUCAGGAGGGCGGAGGGGGUGUGGAGGGAGCUUCUUGUUGCCGAGGAGGCAUUCUGGCCUGACGUUUGA